AGAGACCCCCGGCUCCACCUGCACAAAAAUAUGGAAGAGAACACAGUAUAACACAGAUAUGUAACAUAGUUACAUAGUCUUUCAUAUCGUUUUUCUUGAAUCAGUAAAAUGUUAUCUUCUCUCAUACUUAGUUGUACCAUAGCCGUUGCCAUUGAAGUUAUUAGUAUUAUUAAUGAAACGAUUUAGCUUCGGGUAAAUAAUGGGCUAAACUCUAUUUGUUUCUUACUUUCUAUGAAGUUUUGGGUAGUAAACACAGUAAUGUAAAAAGGGUCUAGUUCUAUUUUUUUCCUGGGGUAAGGCUCUGUACAUCUUGACCCCCAGUCGUCAAUGGAAUUUGGAUUCUACCAGGUUUUGCUAUUGUCGUUGGAAAUUUAUUUGCACAUGUGUGGUUUCCUUUGUACCUAUCAAAUGUAGGAUGGCAUCUGUUAUAUCAAAGCUUGGCUUUUUAUUCAUGGAUCAAGGCUUCUCAAAGCUGCUCCUGCCCAUUUGCAUCUCUGUCAGCACUUGCUGCAGUGCUUCGGGAUUCAUUUAUCAGACACGUGGCUUGAAGCACGGGAGAGCAAUUGUAGUUUCUACAUGUGCUGCUGUUGCAUCAAUAGUUAGUGGAGUAGUUGCCGGUAUGCUUGCAUUGGGUGAACAGUUACCCUCAGCACCGAAAGCGCGUCUUCUUCUUCUCCUUGGAUGGCUCUUUAUUAUUGUUGGUGUGAUGCUGCUGGUCACUUCAAAGCGCAUAUUACGUUGCCUGCCACGACCCUGGGGAAAUGUUGUUCGAACUGGUGCAGCAGAGAGGAAUUUGGGGUUGAGGCAGUCAAGCUCAAUGCGGACCAGAGAUCCAAGCCCCACUGUGAUCGAAGCGACCACAUUGCGCCAUUUAAUAUCGUCUCCUUCCAACAAAGAAAAGGAUUGAACCUGUUUCUGAAUUACAUUUGGCCAGUUGGUGUAUAUGUAAGUAUUGGCUUAACAGAGAGAUCAUAAAUCAAUGACAGUUGAAUGUUAGCUUUAUAUAUGAUUUGUGGCGACAGGCAUUUUUGGCCUUCCUCUUAGAUGAUGAGUAAACGGUCAUAGUGCUA